UACUUUGGAGCAUCCUAACAUGGUGUGGGAAGUGAAGACAAAUCAAAUGCCUAAUGCAGUUCAGAAACUCCUCCUGGUAGUGGACAAGAGAACUUCGGGGAUGAAUGAGUCACUGGAGUUGCUGAAGUGUAAUGAAAACCUGCCCUCUUCUCCUGGAUAUGCAUCCUGUGAUGAACACAUGGAACUUGAUGAUCUUCCUGAACUACAGGCUGUGCAGACGGAUUCUACCCCACCUGCACUUUUUCAGCUUGGUGCCGAUGUUUCCCAUCAGGAAUGUUCAAGGCCUUCAUGGAACCAACAUACCUCAAACAGCAAUUCAGAAAGCACUUACUCUUGUGAGAAUGGGGUGAACUGGUUGACAGAAUUAGCAAAUAUAGCCACAAGUCCUCAGAGUCCUUUGAUGCAGUGCUCUUUUUAUAACAGAUCAUCUCCUGUUCACAUAAUCGCUACAAGCAAAAGUUUACAUUCCUAUGCACGUCCUCCACCAGGAUCCUCAAAGAAUGAUCCUAAUUUCUCCAAGAAUGAUUUGGAUGAAACACCAGUCAGACAUGAAAGGGCGAAUAGUGAAUCAGAAUCUGGCAUUUUCUGCAUGUCAUCACUUUCAGAUGAUGAUGAUUUAGGAUGGUGCCAUUCCUGGCCCUCAACCGUUUGGCAUUGUUUUUUAAAAGGCUCUCGUUUGUGCUUUCAUAAAGGACGCAAUAAAGAGUGGCAGGAUGUUGAAGAUUUUGCAAGAUCUGAAAGCUGUGGAAAAGAGGAAAAUCUCCCAGUGAGUCCUUACAAGGGCUAUGGGUCUGAUGGUUUGAAGUUGAUUUCUCAUGAAGAAAGCACUUCCUUUGGUGAGUCAGUGCUGAAGUUGACUUUUGAUCCUGGCACAGUGGAAGAUGGCUUGCUUACAGUAGAAUGCAGACUCGAUCAUCCUUUUUAUGUUAAAAAUAAAGGUUGGUCAUCUUUUUAUCCAAGCUUGACUGUGGUACAGCAUGGCAUUCCAUGCUGUGAAAUGCAUCUUGGAGAUCUGUGUCUACCUCCUGGACACCCUGAUGCCAUUAACUUUGAUGAUUCAGGUGUUUUUGAUACAUUUAAAAGUUAUGAUUUUACACCAAUGGAUUCCUCUGCAGUUUAUGUGCUAAGCAGCAUGGCUCGCCAACGUCGCGCUUCUCUGUCUUGUGGAGGAUCAAACAAUCAAGAUGCUGAGAGAUCAGAAUGCAGUAGUAAAAACUGUGCGCCUACUGCAUCAUCACAUCUUUCCUCCAGUUCUUUGUACAGUAAAGCUGGCAAAAGCCACAGCUCAGGGACUGCAAGUACUGUGAGUGCCACUUCUCCAAACAAGUGCAAAAGACCAAUGAAUGCCUUCAUGCUUUUUGCCAAAAAAUACAGAGUUGAAUAUACUCAGAUGUAUCCAGGGAAGGACAACAGAGCCAUAAGUGUGAUACUCGGUGACAGGUGGAAGAAAAUGAAAAAUGAAGAAAGACGGAUGUACACCCUAGAAGCCAAGGCCUUGGCGGAAGAACAGAAACGUUUAAAUCCUGACUGUUGGAAACGAAAACGAACAAAUUCUGGCUCACAACAGCAUUAAGCCAGAAUUUUCCUGUUAACUCUGUAUUUAGAAAAUGGCUGUUGCUUGAUGGCAAGAAGAUGCAAGAUCAAGGUCUUACUAUUUGUUGUGACUUUGUAUGACCAUAAAAUAUUGGCACCAUCAAGUCAGAAAUGAUUUAGUCUGAGUGCAGAUUUGCUUUUUACAAUAGAACAUUAAGUAAGCUAAAACUAUCAACAUUUUAAACCAAAUUGCCUUAUUUUUCUUCCAAACUUCAUAUAUGUAUCAGGUAAUAUAGGCUUGAAAAUGGAUAUCCUGUGGUGCUAAAGUACUUUAGAAAGAGGCGAAGGAGAAGUGUAUAAAUGUUUAUUUUUAAAAGAAAAUGUACAAAAAGGGGAAUUUUAAAAUAUGUAACAGCUGUUUAUAUACAUUGAUUCUUAUUGCUGAUUAAUAUGUAUUGCACAACCAUAUUAUUAAUUACGAUUCUGGGGCCUGGGAUUUUCCGAAAUGGCAAAAUGUAUUAUCAGCCUCUAGCUUCCCAGCCUGCCCAGGCGCCAACAAGUUACGGGAACGUGUGGUAAAUGGAGAGCGUAGUGUAAUGUAGCACCGGAGCUGCAUCUUGGGUUGCCACGUAU